AAUCAGCCCGCAGUUGUUUUUACGAAUCAAAAUCAGUCUGUAUACUAAAAAACACAUCCUAGCAUUUAAAAACAUUAAAAAUACCAAUCUCGUUUAGCCUCAAGCCCAUUAAGCCAUUUUAGUUUUAUUUCCCGUGCUUUUCAUUGGUUUAUUACUGUGUGCAGGGAGUCGGUGAGUGUUCUUACGCAACAGAGAGCUUCACGCGGCAUCGGGUUCGCGAGGCAAGGAUGAAAUUAAAGCAGGCAUUUUUUGUAUUCCAUUUUUGUCUAAUCCCACUGAUUUCUGAUGGGAUUACAGGACCAAUCAUGAUUGAGGAGCCGCUGGCUCGCCUGCCUGGAGUAGUUUAUACAGUCAGUCAAAGCACAUCACUCGGAUCUGUAGAAACACCGAGAGAUGGUGUUUGUUUUCUCGUGCUUUCUGGAAGUGAAAGUUGCCCGUCUUCUCGUUAUAUUGGCGACGGAUUUGAGGAGGCGCGCUGCAAUAUCUGCACGGUUGGCGAAGGUUUUUUUUUUGUUGAAAUAAUGGAUGCCUAAUUUAAAUGUAUGCAUCAGCAUUUAUGGUAGCCUAACUUUUCUCGUGAUGGUCAACGCUGGAACUGUGUUUUAAAGGACAUCACCUUUACUAAACAUCCAGUGCAUGACCGGCCAAUGGAGGGAGAGAAGGUGGUCGACAAAAUCGAAUCCAAACCCAGUUCUCCUUUACCUACCGGGAUUCCCAUUAAUUGGGGACUCAUCACUGUCCCAGAACCUGUGUUUCUACCAUCCUCCUUGAGACCCCAUCUUCCUUCUCCUCAGAGUUCGGCUGUGCAUGCACUGCAGACCAAGGUGAAGACCCUCACACAGAGAAGGACAAGAGGGAGAGAUCGAGAGAAAGAAAGAGAAAGGUUGGACACAGAGUUCUUAGUGAGCAGUCCAGCUUGUCAGAUUUCAUCCGAAGUCCUUCUCAGGCAGAGGCCCAGAGCAAAGGGUCCGAUAUCUCUGCCUGCCCCUUCCUGGCGACCAGGCACUGCAAAGAACCUGAGCAGUAGUGAUGAAGAGGAGGAGGUAGAGGUGCAAGUCAGUUUGGAAAUCCACAGCCCUCCAUCUGAAGCACGAAGACAGCAGUUGAUCCAGGAGAAAGAGGAAACUGAAGACGAAGGGGGAGAAAAAAAUGUGGAGCAGGUCAGUUUGCUGACAGGCCAGCUAUGUGGGCUUGGGGAGGGCACCAGUCUAGAGAGUCUUCUGUCUAAUAACUCAUGCAGCAGUAAGGAGGAGCCCCCCCCUUCUCCUCCUCCACCUGUGCUCUCCUCCUCUCCUGCCACCACCUCUGCUUCUUCAACAUCAACAUCCACAUCAACCAGACAUUGGGCACCUCCCAAGGGCUUCUGGAGAGUGGCCCGUCCUGAAACAUUGCUUCUAAAUGGUGUGACCACUGACAUCACAACCUCCACUUUACCUUUAAUCGACCACACUCAGACAGAAAAGACAGAACAAGUGGCAGAGCCUGAGAGGAAGUCUAAACCAGUGGAAUCAGGCUCCAGGAUCGAUGCAGCGAGUGCGGUGGACGACAGUGAUGCUUCCUCAGAAUUCAAACACUCGGACAGCAUUGAGUGCUACCUGGACAGGUGUGAGCAGAAGGAGUUAGAUGAUGGGUACUUGGCCAAAGGACUGUGGAGUUCAGACAGCUGGGAGAGCACCUCUUCACAAAGUGGGAUUCUCUCUGCUGAUGAGACAUUGAAGGUGAAGCAGAGAGCGUAUGUAAAAUUAAGGGAGAGACAACAAAACUACAGGGAGGACAGAGAGCAGAGCGACGGAGAAAGCGUAGACUGUUAUGGAGACAAAACUUGCAGAAUGGAUUGUAAAGUUGCAGGGGCCCAUGGGGGUUUGGGCAGCUCAGACUCAGCCAUUUUUGUGCAGACACUCGAACCCUAUCUGAGGUCGCUUCUUGCAAUCAGUGACGAACUCCCUCUGAGCCCAAGACAUGAGCAAGCCAAGCUUCUUCUGGAGCGAGCACGACUCAAGGCUCGCUCCAAUCACAUUAACGAAGAUCUCCGCUGCGGACGCCCCAAGUCUGAUCAGAGAUCCACCAUAAAGAAGCAGCAAGUUGAGCCUCUCACUCCAGCACCAGAGCAGAAAGCUGUUCAAACCAAAGAAGAUAAUUCAGCUCAAACUGUAUCUAAUACCCUCCUCAUCCCCAGCCAAAGAGACACUUCCCCCAGUGACCAAGGGGCUCGAUCCAGACGCUACGGUUGUUCACCCACACGGGUGCGCUUUGAAGACGAAUCAGAGAAAGAAGCAGAGUCUCGGUACCUGGAUAGAGUGAGACAGCGCAGCAGAUCUGGGGGGCCCAAAUCCAAGAAAAAAGUAAAUAAUACAGAUUCUAGCAGUAGUGGAACAGAGAGGAACAAAAGCCAUCGGAGUGUCUCCAUGCCUCCUUUACAGAAGAAAGAAGUUGCGGGUUUCAGUGGUGAACCCACAACAGUGAUUAAAGAGAUUAUAGUGCUGGUGAAGAAAUGUGAGGCAUGUGGCUCUGUGGUCAGGGAGCCCCAGCCAAUGUCAUCACAGUCAGAUCCAAAGAACACUGAGCCCCCACAGUCUGAGGACACACGGGAAAAAGCUGCUCCUCGCUGGGUGCCUCAUAACAAGCCAGAAGCAAGUACUCGUCCUAAAGCUUCUUUAACUGUCACUUUUGCCGGAGCUUACGUGCUGGGGGAAAACAAAGAGAGCAGCACAGGGUGGAAACCUUCAGGGUUUGGGAAACUUAGGAGAAGGAGUAGGAAAGGAGAAAGUCGGCUGGAGUCUGGCAAUGGCCCUUACGGUCCAUCUUGGGCUCAGCGGCGUAACUCAAAUCCCAGGAACAGGGUCAAUGUGAGCAGAGCUGUUUCUUUUUCCUCUGAUAGUCCUGUCGCUCUGGAGCCCCGUUUGCCGGAGGCAUCUGGACUAAGGGAAUCUCCUCCCCCAACACUGCCUAUAAAGUCGGCUCUGAAGUCGAGUUCAAGGAAUCGCUCGGCUGCAGGACAGUCCUCUGUGCAGUUCCAGAUUACUUCAAAUCCGGGAGGUGAGGGAGGAUCACAGAAUUCUGAACUCCUGGACCCUACAGAGGCUAGAGGGCAGUCUGCAGUGGCUCUAACCCAAGGGAGCCCUGCCACAAGCAACCCAGUGCCCUGUAUCAGACCCUCCACCCUGAGGUACUCCGCAGCCCUGCCAGCUGUUGAACUCUGGGAGGCCACUCCAGAUGGAGCAGGUGAGCCUGGUUCUGGUCCUGAGUGUCGUCCCGCUCUGCGCGGCCUGGCUAUGUCUCGGGCUGAGGACCUCAGAGCAGAGCUGCUGAGAGCAGAACAUCUGAAAGCUGAGGCCAUAUGGGAGGAAAAUUGUGACGGUUCCAGAAAGAUGGAUGGUCGACCGAAACUCUUCCUACGUCGCUUCUUCUCCUCCAUUGGUCUGAACAGUGUUGGUAGGCUGGUGAAAGGAGGCCGCUCCAGCAGCAUGGAGCAGCUCAGUUUACCCUCAGCACCACGGGUGGGCAGCUCUGCUUCCCCAAGCCCCACGCGCAGACCCCAGCCCAGCAUCCGCAUGCAGAGGACGCCCUCACUGCAGACACUGAACACGGUGCUGCCACUGGCCCAACUACGCAAAGCCUCCUCAGUGCAGAGUUUGGAGAGGAGAACAGAACGUUCAACAAUACUGGGAGAGGUGCGGAUACCGUACGGCCUGGCACCCAGCCCUGACAGCCCUCAGAUCGAGUUUCACAGGGCCCUGAGUGCUGAAGAUGUACUUGCCUCCAGAAUUGUGCGUCCUGUGGGCCGGGUCACCCAGGCUUUCCCUGAUGGGACUCUCCUCCUGGAGCUGGUCAGACCCCCAAAUGGUCCAUUUGGUUUUGUCAUCUCAAGGGGCAAAGGUCGACCCAACACAGGUGUGUAUGUAGAGAAAGUGGGUGACGGUGGUGUCGAAGGCCCUUACACAGGUCUCCUCGGCAUCGGUGAUGAAAUUCUGCAGGUGAAUGGAGAGGCAGUUGCUGGCCUCAGUCUGGACCAUGUGACGCGGCUCAUGACCCGGGAAAGCACUGCUUCUCUUCGGAUCAUGCCGGCCCGACGCAACCAGCGCUGACUGGGAGAUAAGCAUGGCAUAGAGCCAUUUCUCCUGCAGCUAUGGAUUUUAAUUCACCGCUACAAACCCUGACCAUUGACUGUAACCUGUGAAUAGAGUUUUCUUCUGUGCAGUUUGAUGUGUGAAAAGGCUACAUGAGAUUACAGGGUUGCAUGUUCAAUACAAUAUGACACUGCAAGGGGACUCGGAUUGCAAUGACAAAUCAAAAACAUAACCAAAGGACUAUGCAAAUAAAUGCAGUAGGUCUGCACUAGAUAUAACCUGUAUUCCAGAGUAUAUAUUGUGAUACUAAUAAAAUGUUAAGACUAUAUAAUAUUAUUUAGAUCCAGGACAACUGUUUUUAUUUAUUUAUGGUCCGACAUAACUGAAUAGGGAUUGUUUAACUUCACUUUUUUAUGUUUAAAUUGAGAUUUAUUUUUGACUCCCUAAAUGAGUGUAGAAAAUAUUUUGUUUCAAAUAUUGUGCCACACUUAAAUGUUUACUAUUAAUCUUAUUGAUGAUGGCAGAUGAUUGACUUGUGGAAUGAUGUACCACAUGUAUAAUCAUGGAUCCUGAUACAUUUCAACUUAAUAACUAUUUAUUUAAUUAAUAAAUAAAAGUUUGCAAAUAAAUAAUAUAUUGCACUGGG